CGUACACACACACAGCCUGGAGAAAUACACCAAUCUCUCACACAUACAAGCACAUACACACAAACAUAACCACUUCAACCUACUACUCUGUGGAGAGAAAUAGGGGUUUGUAAAGGGGGAAGGGAGAGAGAGACAGAGAGAGAGAGAGAGCGAGAGGGAGUAGGAGAGACACACAGUCUGCACAGAGACAGAUAGUACAUCCACUACUCUACCCCACCUAAGGGGAUGUGAUCGAACCACUGCAUCUGGCAGAAGGCAGCCCACCAGAAGAUAGAGGAGAGUAAGGAGGACAAGAACUAAGAGAUGCUAUCGUCACUCUUCACUGUGCUCAGAAACUUCACUGAGAGUAACUUCCAGUCGUCAGCCAUGUCCGAGAGCUCUGAGUCGGCAGCCGCCGAGGGAGUCAGCACAGACAGCAUCCUGGGAUCCCCCAUCACCGCCUGCAAGAAGGUGCUGUGCAGUAGCAGUGUGCUGGACUCGUCAGAGUACUGGCUGAGGAAUGAGAAGGCUCUGUGCAGGCUGGGCCUUCUGGAGGAUGACGCUGAGGGGAGAUAUAACACGAUCUGCUUUGUGAAUCUGGACCAGCAGAAGGUGGAUCGUCACGACAACAGCUGCGUCAAGAAACUGGCCUCAAUCUCUCCAGACCUUCCCAAGCUGGUCGACUCUCUGAGUGUGCGACAGCCCAAGGUGAACGAGAUCCUGCUGCUCGGCGGUUUGGAGACUCCGGACCCCUCUCACCCUCACCAGUACCCCACCCACACACAGGGCCAGAGGGGUACAGAUGUGUGCCUGGUCCAGUGUGCUGGGGGCCGGCGGCCCACCAGCAUCAUCUAUGAGAUCAACAAGUUCCUAAUCGGGCUACAGUGGGGUCAGGAGAGGCAGGGGUCCCAGGGGAUGAUGAUGGCAGGGCAGAGGCUGGAUGACGACACCAACCGCUCUUUCUCAUCCAUAGAGGAGGACUUCCUCACUGCCUCAGAACACCUGGGGGAUGACAGCGAGGAUGAUGGCUUACGAAAUGAGCCAGGGUGCAGUGAUGUGGCAGAGGACUUGUCAGAUGUAGCACACAGCGACAGACCAGCGUGUCAGAGAGGACACCUGGGCCAGCAUCAGUGGCAGGACAGCGAGGAGUCUGAGGUGACCAUCAGCGCCCCCCCAGCCACCAAGAAACGAGGAGGAAGGGCACCGGCGAGAGCUAGCAGUCAUCACACUAAGGAGUCGGCUGGCCACUAUGCCACCAACUUGGCCGAGUCGGUACUGCAAGACGCCUUCAUCAGCCUGUCUCAGGACGAACCAUCCUUCGCUCCUGAGGCCGCUGUGAGCAUGUCCCCCGGCAGCCACCCCCCCACCGGCCUCACCUGGACAGUAGCAGAGGAGCCCUGUCGGGCACGCGCCUGCUCUUUCGAGCUCCCCAAGAUCGUCAUAGUGCAGAGCCCGGAUAGCUGCGAAGGCCUGCCAGAGUGGCUGGGUACUCAAGCCUCUCACGCGGCUCUGGAGCAUGGUGUUGGUGGUACUGCCAGGCAGGUACCGGCGGAACACGGACCAGAGACCCAUGACCUCCUCCCUACCACCACUACCACUGGACGCCACCCCACCAAACCCCUACAGCGGGCCCUGGCAUGCGCUGCCAGUGUCAUCGGCACCAUCUCCAGCCCACAGGUAGCAGAGCAGCUGGCAAUGGAGCCAAUAGAGGGGGACAUGGAGAGAGAGGGACAGAGGGACCCUGAGGGCACUGACUACUCCUUCUCCUCAGCCAUGUGCGGGAUGGCCCAGGUGGCGGGGGCGGUGGCUGUGGUGGAGCUAGCUGAAGAGGCCGGGGAAGUGGUCUGCGAGUCAGAAGACAACUCCACCACCGAGGUCUACUCGGCCGCCUCCGUGGGGCUCCUAUCUGCAGCGCAGACCUCCACAGCUAUCACCCUCCACUGCAGUGUGGCCGAGGGGACCAGCAUCGAGGCCUUCCGCACCAGCAUUGCUGAAGUUCUUCACAAGGAGGCAGCAGGGGUGCUGGCUCAGCCCCAGGACUACAAGAGUGUGGCCCAUCUACUGGAGUCCACCCACAACAGGAUUGUGGACGGCAUCACGUCUCCCAAUAAGUCAUGUCUGGACAAGAUGGAUGAGACGGAGGUGGACAAUUUCAUCAGCGAAGUGGCCGACGGCCUCUUCAAACACGCAUUCGAGAAAGCGAGAAAGAAAAAAGAACUGGAAGGCCCGGGAAAAGACGUCACUGAUAUCCAGGGCUUUCUGCAGGAGAGCGUGAGCAAUGUGCUCUUCGACAUCCUUUGUCUCACUUCAAAGCGGAUCGGUGACAUUUCCAAAUGUGAUAUAGGGUCGUUUGACAGACAAGAGGGUGAUGUCGGCUUCAGGGACUACGAGGUGGCCGCCAGUACCAAGGAACCAUUAAGCCAAUUACAGUGCUUCGUUGGCUCCAGCCACCCCGAUAAUUGUGAAACACAAUGGGCAGAUAAGACACCCGUCUACUCUGGGAUGAGGGAGGUGAAAUAUGGACUGGAGGAGAGGGAGAGUGAACCUUAUGAGUCUCACAGCUCGCCACAUAUCAGAGAGCAGCAGCAGCGCAGACAAGCUCCGACUAAAGUCUCGUCCUCUAUUAAGGACUGCUAUGACCUCCAGGGCCAGCAGGCCAGAGGAAACAUCAGAGACACUUUUCCAGAGAGCUUAGCCCACCAGGUCUCUUCAUCACUGGGAACAGAGAAAAGAUGGAUAGCCAGUACAGACAGCAGACAGUCUUCUCUGACCCCUCAGUCCUCUUUUAGCUCCUCCUCCACAGGGGCCUUGGUCUGCUUAAAGAUGGACUCAGAUUCGAGAACUACCCCUGUCAACUACUUCGCUGAUGAUCUGGCCACCACUGUGGUCUCCAUGGCGACUGAGCUGGCCGCCAUCUGCCUGGAGAACUCCAGCGGGAAGCAGCCGUGGUUCUGUGCCCUGAAGGGUGCAGCGGGCUACUACCCUGAGGGGAGCUACCUGCUGCCCUCCUGUUGCACGGCCCUCCGCAGAAAGGAGGGCCAGAAUGGCGGUGUGGCAUCCAAAAAGCACCGGCCACCACGCCUCAGUGAGAUCAAGAGGAAGACUGAGGAACAGCCCGAGUUGAUGGAGUGCCUGGUCAACCGCGUGGUGGAUGAAACGGUCAACUUGGAUGACAUGCCCCAGACUCUUGAUCCCUUCGCGCUCUUUGCCUCUGAGGUCACCGCCCGCAUAAUGAACUGCCCCGAGCUCAAUGUGGUUGACACCUCCAAGCCCGGCCAGCAGACCCGCAGCCGGCUGCAGUGUGAGCGGUGGAGCCGGGGCAAGGCCGCCAGCUAUGAAAGCAUCCCAGAGGAGGACGCAGGCCCUCCGGGUACCCCCAACACCCUAGGCCCCGGCAGCCGGCUGGGCCAGAACCUGAGCAGGGGAGGCUCCAUCUCCAAGCAGUCCAGCUGCGAGAGCAUCACUGACGAGUUCUCCCGCUUCAUGGUGAACCAGAUGGAGAUGGAGGGCCGGGGUUUUGACCUGCUCCUAGACUACUACGCCGGGCAGAAUGCCAGCAGCAUCCUGGCAGCAGCCGUGCAACAGGCGGCCACCAGGAAGAACGGCCACCUCAAUGUGAGGACCACGUCCUGUCUGUCGAAGCAGUCCAGUACGGAGAGCAUCACUGAGGAGUUCUACAGGUUCAUGCUCAAAGACAUGGACAAGGAGAGCAAAGACUACAGUAUGGGCAGAACUAAAGAGUGGAGCAACAGCCUAUUGCCUCCAUCUCCCAGAACCCUCUUCUGUAUCCGUCAGUCCUCCGUGCCGGACAGACGUUUCUCAGACUCCAGGCUGACCGUCAACUCGCCCAUCAAGGCCAACUCCUUUGACGGCUUUGUCCGUAAUGUGCACGGGGACACGCUUAAUAUCUACCCCACCAACUCAGUUCAGGUGUCUGCCACGGGCCUGUGCAAGUCUGACUCCUGUCUGUACCAGAGGGGACAGACGGACCAGAUCACUGACAUGCUGAUCCACGAGACCUGGUCCAGCUCCAUUGAGUCCCUGAUGCGGAAGAACAAGAUCAUUGCGGACCCGGAGGACAGCAUUGACCUUGUGGAUGCAGAGUCCCAGACCCAAGUGCUGCAAUAUGCCAACCGCCUAGCCGCAGACAUCGUGGAAACCGGGAAGUCUGUCCUGCAGGAAGGGGAUUGGGCCGGAGGAGGUGGCAUGGUGGGGCGACAACAACACAUGCCCGUGGGGGAGAGGAGGAGAGGCUUCAAACAUUCCCGCCCUGGCUGCACUCGGAGCAGAGCCAGUCAGGAGCAACCAGGAGGGGGCGGAGACAGCACAUGUACAGCAGCCGGGCCCCCCAUAAGGGGACCCAGGGAGGUCCCUGUACCGGUGAUCCACAUCGAGACAGAUCAAAGGGAUGAUCCUGAGUCUGGGGACCCGGUGGAAAGAGCUGGACGCCACCCUUGGGACCCAAUGCCCCCUCAGGGGACAGCCCAGUGGCGCGCUGAGAGGGCCUCGGUGAGGCGCAGCAGCUGUGAGAGAGACAGGACCGCAGUGCCCUCUGCGGCCGCUGCAGUACCCACUGUAGGUGAGCAAAACAAGCGCUCUCUGAGUGCUAGCAGUGAGGACAGUUCAGGAAGCUGGUCCCAUAUCGCCCCCGAUGACGACCCCCACGAGGAGACCAGUAGUUUUAUCCAGCUGAGUGAGGGGAACGGGAACAGCAGCACGUCUAGCCUGGGUCUGGCAGACUUGGAGGGCUUGUCUGACAUCCCCAGUCAGAGCACAGUGAACAGUGAGGAGGCAGACAAGGGUCACCUAAGGGAGAGCAAGGAGAACGUAGACGAGGGCAUCUCACUGCGGCCAGUAGUGGACAGUAGCAGCCACAGGGAGCUUCUGGUGGUCAACUGCGACUUGGAUCCAGAGUGUGUGGACUCAGAGCUGCGCUUGGCCCUGCAGUGGAUUGCUGCCUCCGAGCUGGGCCUGCAUGCCGUCUACUUCAGGAAGUGUAAAGACAGGAGGACAUCAAAGUUCCAGAGGGUGUUGCAGCUGGUGUCUCAGAAGGCAUGGAGGAUCGGAGAUCUCUUCAACGCUGUCAUCCAGUUCUGUAAGCUCCACCAGGAGGAGGACGGAGGCAGCUCUCUGUCCAGCCUGUUUGACUGGCUACUGGAGACCCACUAGGCUCUGCCAACACCCCCCAUCUACACAAACACACACACACACACACACCAGCUAAUGUCUCCAACUGUGUACGCCCAAUGCAUCAAACCCAACCAUCAAGCGUAGUGUUUCUCAGCGCACGUGUGAAUCAUGAAAAACCCCUAGCCUGGUAGCCAGAUUUAUUUGUGCUUUAGCCAAUUCCUCUUUCAUUAAUUGUGAUGUAAGCCAUGACAAGGAAUGCUAGAAGAUUUGGCUGACGCACAAACAGGUCAGACUUUCAGGCUAAAAAUUCAUCACACCUGUGAUAUUACACACCCUCUUAUAGGACUGGCUAUGGGACUGAGGACUUUCAUUAGGCUGCAGUGAGCAGACAUGUCUCCCUUUAAUAAGAUCAGCAUGUUUCUCAUUUUCUGAUGCACGGACCCUAGUUAGACGAACCCAAGGAAAACCCAGCAUCAGUAUGGGAUGUAGGCCUUAUUUAUUUAGUGCAAACAAAUCAGCCAUCUGAGAUUUCAUGCCUGCAGAAUUUGCAUUCCUUUCGUUGUUAUAUAUCCUAUACAUUACGUUUUCACAAUCUGAUGUGUUAAUUCAUCAAUUAUGUAUUUAUUACACAUAAACACAAACAAGGCACCAAUAAAACCCUGUACCCCAUUCCCUCAACCCAGCAAACUCAAAAAGACACCAGAUGAUGUUUUAAUGUACAGUAGCUAUCUUGAUGAGACUGUCAGGCAGCAGCCAUCGUUCCAGUUAGGCUUUGCUGAGAUCAACAUAGGUGAGCAGUACUACGCUUGACAGUUGCACAGAGCCUGUAUUCACAAAGCAUCUCAGGGCAGGAGUGCUGAUCUAGGAUGAGACCCCCCCAUCCUGGUAAUCAUAUUUAUUAUGAUCUAAAAUACAAAACUGAUCCUAUAUCAGCGCUCCUAAUCUGAGAUGCUUUGUGAAUACGGACCCAGAUGAUAGUUGUCAUUUACAUUGGCCAACAUUGUCUACUUCUAUUGUGACUUUGUUACUGCUUAAGUUAUCUGUCAUUCUUCAUGUUAUCUAUCGUUCUUAAGUAAGUUAUCUGUAGUUAUUCAUGUUCUUUGAGAAUUGUUUAUUUUGGAUAGCUGUACAUAUUGUAGAUUCUUGAACUGCUUCACCUUGGGGUAGAAAGACUGCUCUCUAUCAUUUCAUUUUUACUACUUUCAGAAAGACAAAGAAGGUUUAAUGUCUAAUUUGUACGUGAAUCUGGUUUGUCAGGUUUUAUCUGCGUAGUGGUACUCUAGUGUUAAAUCGUCGGCAUUAUAAAGCACACAAUUCAACUCUGUUGCUGUAGAAAUUGAAUGUAUCUUCAUCUUUUGAGAUCAAUAAAUUAAUGUAAUAUGUGA